GGGUGCGGGCGCUCCGCGGCUGCGCGGCGCGUGCUGGCGGCGGCUCGGUCCCGGCCCGCGCCCGCGGCGCCCCCGCUGCGGCCGGAGCGGCCUGGCUGAGGGAUCGGUGAGCAGCGAUGGCGGGGCAGCCCCGGCAGCGUCCGGCCUGGGCGUCGCUGCUCCUGCGGCUGCUGCUGACUGGGGUCGCUGCCUGCAACGCCAGCCCCGCGGACGACGGCGCGGGUCCCGGGGGCCGGGGACCCCGGGGACGCGCGCGAGGGGACGCGGGCGCUGACGAGGCAGUGCCGCGCCACGACUCCUCUUACGGCACCUUCGCCGGCGAGUUCUACGACCUGCGCUACCUGUCGGAGGAGGGCUAUCCUUUCCCCACUGCUCCUCCUGUGGACCCAUUUGCCAAAAUCAAAGUGGAAGACUGCGGAAGAACUAAAGGAUGCUUUAGGUAUGGCAAGCCCGGCUGUAACGCAGAGACCUGUGACUACUUCCUUAGCUACCGGAUGAUAGGGGCUGAUGUGGAGUUUGAGCUGAGCGCAGACACGGAUGGCUGGGUAGCAGUUGGAUUCUCUUCAGACAAAAAGAUGGGCGGUGAUGAUGUCAUGGCCUGCGUCCAUGAUGACAAUGGCAGAGUCCGCAUCCAGCACUUCUACAAUGUGGGACAGUGGGCGAAGGAGGUCCAGAGAAAUCCUGCCAGAGACGAGGAAGGAGUUUUCGAGAACAAUCGUGUCACCUGCAGGUUUAAGCGUCCCGUGAACGUUCCCAGAGAUGAAACGAUCGUGGAUCUACACUUGAGUUGGUAUUACCUGUUUGCUUGGGGUCCGGCCAUUCAGGGCUCCAUCACCAGGCACGACAUAGACUCCCCACCGACUUCAGAGCGCGUUGUCAGUAUUUACAAAUACGAAGACAUUUUCAUGCCAUCGGCUGCCUACCAGACCUUCUCCUCUCCGUUUUGUUUGCUUCUCAUUGUCGCCCUGACCUUCUACUUGCUGAUGGGAACCCCUUAGGCACAGCUGCAAGGCCGACACACUAGGCGGAGCGGCAAGCCUUCAGUGUAUAUUUUUCAAUAUCGCCUGUAUUAUUCUAGCUUCUGUUACUUAAAAACAAGUCAUGAUUUCAACAUUUUUGGGGGAAAAAAGUGAACAAGCUUUUCUCCUAGUCAAACAGGAUUGUCAAGGCAACCCUGCUUUUGGGAAGUAUUUAAAUCGUUUGCGAACACUUCAAAUAUGUUUUCUAUUUGAGCUUUACGGUGUCUGUGCAUUUUGGUAAUACUGAUUGGGAUUUAAACCCAGACAAAGGCUGCCUUUUGUUGGCCUACACGUUUCACAGCCUUGGCUAGCGCGGUCAGCUCACACAAUGGGGAGAUAAAGAGCUAGCUGUGGAAAGAGUGUCUCCCAACAGUCUUUAUUUCGUGCGGUACUGCAUGAGAGGGUUACUUGGCAUGUUGCCGUGGAGAGCUUCACAGGACGUCACAAGUGUAUCAGCAGCCUCUCGAGAACAUUUUCGUGGAGGCUAAGUGCUUUUAGAUAGUCACACAGUGGACGGGGCGUACGGGGGAGAUUAUAGUGAUAAGCAGUGGUUUGUAUUUAUCUAAAGUAUCUUCCCAAUUAGCAAGUAGUUAUGAGAAAACAGUUUUAUAUUGCUGUUAGGAAAGAUGAAAAAAGAACUGUGAAUAUUCCUGAAGAUGUAAAAUUACCUUAAUGAUAAAAACAGGAGAAUUCUUAGCAAUUAGAAUUUGCUUCCUUCUGCUACUGUGUUCAACCAACUAAGGUGUUCCUGGGUGGCUCUAGCCAACGGUGGUGGUCAAGUCAGCAUUCAUUAACUAUAAUUAAUAUACAUUAGGACAGACAAGUCAUCCUAAGGAAAACACAUAUCAUCAUUCUUAAAGACUGUAGACACUAGGAGCAAAAAUAGGGGGAGGGACCCUAACGUAAAUUCACCAAGAGUAUACAUUAAAAAUGUUCAAUUCUAGCUGGGCGGUGGUGGCGCACGCCCUUAAUCCCAGCACUUGGGAGGCAGAGGCAGGCGGAUCUCUGUGAGUUCGAACCCAGCCUGGUCUACAAGAGCUAGUUCCAGGACAGGCUCCAAAACCACAGAGAGAAACCCUGUCUUGAAAAACCAAAAAAAAAAAUAAAAUUUAAAUUCUAUGUUUUCUUUUUUGAAAAGAGCCAGGUAAUCUCUAAAUACCUAUGCUGGCAGCCUACUUAGAGGAGAGUAACUGUGGGCACUUACACGGUGGGCCAUUGCCACAGUGGCUUUCCAGAAUUCUCUGAUUUGUUCCCAUUGCUUCCAGGCUGGCUCCAACUCUAUAGCUGAGUGACACCGGACUAUGGUUUCUAAGUCCCAAGUUUAUGUCAGAGGUGAACGUCUGCCUGUGGGGAGAAUGUUCAGAUUCUUCUGAGCUGGUGCCAAAAUAAAGUAUGUAUUACUACUUCGCGACACUGCCCACACCCAGUUUCAAACUCAAGGUUCAAGUUGGUGGCUUCACCUGAUGACAACUGCCUCUUCACCAAGCCCUCUCUCUGGUCCUGGUCAAGCUUGGCACAAGCAUGGCCGGUAUAUCAGUUUCUCAGGGUUAGUAGUUGGUUUAGGAGUGAGGGUUGGGAGUAUAUAGAGACACCCGUGUUGUAAAUAAGAAGCCCAAUAUUUUUAUAUCCUUUAUGUGUAUAGUAGUUGAUGUAUAUAAAUCGCGGAGCUAAUAGAGACUUCAGUUAGUAGUGGGAGCGAGUGUCGCUUCCCUUCCACUUUUGCUUCAAAUCACGUAACUGUUUCAUAGUCUUUGACUUUAGCGACCAGCUUUGUGUAUUUUCGCUUGGAACUUUCAGAGUUAUCCUUGCCCUUACAGUGACGUGCAGCAACUCUACUAAACUCCAGGGUUUUUGCCUCUUCAGGGUCACUGCCUGUCCCAGUGAGUCUGAGGGGCCUUGAGUUUCUCCAGCCUGCUCUCUCUCACUUGUCCUGUCCCCGUCUUCCCCAUCCCUCUGCCCCCCCAGAUGAUAGGCUCAUCUGUAAGGCCCUAACUCUUAUCCCUUCCUCCAGUCUUGGGGACUGCGUAGUUUUAGGAGUGACUCAGCCCUCCUCUAGCAUGCUGGGCUUUUCAUUGGAAGUCAUUUCUCUCCUCAUCCUUGUAACUGAUGCUACCUCUUGGUAGAUAUUCAAAAAAACUGGUGGACUGAAUUACAAAGCUGUCUCGAUACUGCGAGUUUACUUGGGCCAGAGGAAUCUCUUUUAUGGACUGUAGCUGGCUGGCCAAUGUUUUUAUAUGUCCUGUUCAUGAUCAAACUGUGUCUUCCAAAACAUGAAUGACAAUAUCCCCAGUGGCAGUGUGUUUUUGCCUUUCACUGGACACCAGUUGGCACUUUGAACAGUAAUUGCUGUCAUGAAAUAAGGAUUUACGACAAGGGAUGUGUCACAAACAGCUGACCGUCGUCUCAGAGAUCUUUCCACUGAUAGACAUGUCGAAGUGAAAGCCCUGUAAACUUCGAAUACAUCCGUUCUUACCUAAUCUAAGGAAACUCCUACUUUUCUCUCUAUUCAUUCUCUCUCUCAGUCAUCCUUCUUGAACCCCCCGACUCCUGGCUGCUGCUCUCUCAAGCAUGCACCCCCAGGUCUGACAUACAGUUUCACUUUCUACACAGUGUUUGUCCUGAGGGAGAAGCGAUCAGUGCUACUUGGUGAGAUGCCCAAGUGAAACACAAGCGGCAGACAGAUGUAUGUAGCAUUGUUGUAAGUGCUCCAUGUGGAUGAACUCUUUCAGUCCUACCAACCAGAGGAAGCGUCUGUUGUCAAUCCAGCUUUGCAGAAGGAAGAGUUGAGGCCAGUCUUCUGGCGAGCUUACCAGUGCUGGCCAGACUUUAGAGAUGCUAGUUCAAUGCACUUGUCGUGCAAGAGACCGCAGGGACGAGGGAGCCGAUAUGACUUCCUAUGCCUCAUGCAAAGUCUUUAAAACUUCCGUUAAGUAGAACCUGCUGUUCAUACUCAAAUCAGCUGGGCACCUUCGCCUGCCCCCUAGUAUUUUACAGUGAAAAUGAGCACUUCUUACAGCUGUGUUUGCGGAACUCAACACAGUGGUUUUGUAUCACUUUAUUUUCUGCUUAAAACCUUUGGAUUAUUUUGGCCAGUCAUUUUAGUACUUUUCCUCUCUUUCUUUCCUUCCUCCCCCUUCCUUCCUUUUACUUUUCUUCUCUUUCUUCCUUUCUUUUUUUUCUUUUUUCUUUUUUUGGUCAGUACUGAUGAUCAUACCCAAGGCCUUGUAGAUAUUCACGGGGUGUUCCACCACCCAGUACAUCCCCAGCUCAUUUUUAGUACUAUUAAUGUUUUCAUACUAAUGUGUCAAUUGGACACGAUUGGAAGAAUGCAUUUGUCUUAGCUAACUUUUAACCAUGACUUUCUUAAACCAUGGUCUGUCUUACAACAUGGGCCUCCAUGUGCUUUUAUUGACCCACUGUAGUUAAACAUGCACUUAAAGUCCUGAAGCUGCAUUCUGUUACUGUUGGUUGCUUUUUCCUUAACAAAAUCAGAAAGUUUGACAACUGAGGGAUGGCUUUCCAUCCCGGUAUAUUAAUACUACUUUUGCAAUCCAAGUUUACUGUCUUUAUUCAGGGUCUUGUCUUAAGUGACAUUAGCACUGAAGUUGGAUGCCAUUCUUGGCUCUAUCCCAGGAUUUCUUAUAUUUUCUUUGUAAAGGGGUCCCAGAGGCUCUACUCUGCCACAGACAGUUCAUAAGUGAACAAGUAUGGCUGCACAUUAAUAAAGCAAUUGAAAUUUGAACUUCAUAUACUUUGCAGAUGCCAAAAUGUUAAACUGAGUUUUAAAAAGCUUUUGGAAAAGGAAAAACCUAUUCUUAGUUUGCAGGCUGAAGAACAACAGGAAGUGGGCUGGGCUGGGCUGGUAGACCCUAGCUUUCCCACAGUGACUUAGCCAUGGCAUUCUGUCUCUCUAGUCGUCAUAAAUCCUAUCACCAGUAACAUAUUAUUAGCUAGUUGUAAAAAUGUCAGAGUUAGUGAAAACGUCAUUUAAACACGGUUUAUAAUUGGUUUGCUGUUAUGAAUGAAUAGCAUAGUGGCAUCCUUACACAUUCGUGUCCUAAUAUGUUUCCUGGAGUUGGCACAAACGAGAUGACAGUAAAGAACCAUUCUGGGUAAGUUCCAGCUCUGCUUUUCCUGAGGUCUGGCAGUCGUUAACAUGUUUCACUCUUGAGCUGCUCUUUCGGUGAACAUUUCUAUGCUUUAGAGUAAUUUCUUUCUGUGUAGAGACUUUUCAAAAUUAGCACAAGGGCAUGAGAGUCUUUUAUACAUGUGACACGUCUGUCUCAGCACCCUAGGCCGUCUGCUGAGGUGACAUCCUUACUCUCUAAACAGGACUGCAUAAAGUGAACAGGUUGAUUAUUUUCAACUUGUUUAUAUGUAUAUACACUUUGUACAUAUGUGACAGGUGGGGUGUGUUUAUACAAAAACAUACAAGUACGCACGCGCAAACGCGUGCGCGCGCGCGCGCACACACACACACACACACGAUUCGUUGUUUUUCUGAUCUCUUGUAUACUUUCAAACCCAGAGAUAAAAUAUCAUAUGUGUUACUGACAUACUUACCUUGCAUUUUUAGCAAUUUAGUUUGUAGGAAGGAUUCCUGAAUCUCUUACUAAGUCUUGCCUCUUCUUUUCACCAUUAUAUGAAUUGUAAAGAAUGUAUAUACAUUGUUGUUUAAUAUAACUUUUCUAUAUCAUUAAGAAGCCAAGACUCACAUUAGUUAAGUAACUGGCAUGUUUCAUGGCAGCCUAAACAUGUUUUAACCUGCAUUAGUUUUCUUAUUCUAUUCUACUAUUUAGUGAGCAAUUUGUCUACUUUCAAGUUUGAUUUCCUUGGUUUUUAAUUUAGCAGAUGACUUGCAUAUAAUUUCCUUUUCAUGAAAAUAGCAGUUAAAGAAAUAUGAGCCUCAAUAAGCCUGGCAAUGGAAAAAUGUGUGUAAAUCUCCUAGCCUUGGGGGGGUGUCCCAUUUAAGAAUACACCAACCAUUCGGUAGUAUUUUUAGUUUUCUUCCAAAUCUUUGCUAUUAGGUGAGUAACCACCCAGUCUGGUUCUUCUGGAAUGUAAUCAUCUCUAAGGUUGCUGAAUGCUCAGUGGGUGUGGCAUUCACCCAGGUCACUAGAGUCUUUCCUGCUUUCUUGCCUAGAAUGCCCUGACCCCUCCACCCUGGAAGAGUGAACGCAGCUUCUCCACAUGCCUUAUUCCCACUGGCGCAUUGACAUGCUGGAACAAUCUGGCUCCAGAAGUACUAAUACAGUUUUUCUGAGACUGUCUACAAAAUACUAUUUUGUUAAAACUAUGCCUUUAAAUAGACACGGAUGGGUUAUAUUUGUUUUAUAAAAAGUUGUGUAUCUAAUGUUCAAUUGUGAUUGAUUUUGAGAUUAUAUAUAAAUGUAUAUUUAUAAGCCUGUCCUAUGUGGAUUUUUACUCUAAGAUGUGUGCCACAUUACUAAUAAAGAUAUGAGUUUCUAUUUAUGUAAAGUAAUUGUAGCAACACUCCUAACCGCUACUGAAAUGAUUAUUCUGUUCACUGGCCACCACAUAUACUUUUAUCUUUAGAGGAUUAAGUUAUACUCAGACUAUAUUAACCAGGAUUAAACUUUAAAGGCAUAAACUCUCAACAUAAUUUGAAUUCUUCCUGUUGAUGUAAUUAAAACUAGUUUAUAAU